AUGGUUGGCCGUAAGCACGGGCAUGAGGGUAUUGUCAGGCUGCUUCUUGAGAACGGAGUGACGACUGAGACACAGAAAAACACAGACGAGACACCGCUAUUUUGGGCCGCAAAGAACGGGCAUGAUGGCAUUAUUAAACUGCUUCUUGAGAGAGGCGUGACAAUCGAGACACAGAAGAACUUCGGCCUCACACCGCUAUCAUGGGCCGUAAACAACGGGCAUGAGGGUGUUGUCAGGCUGCUUUUUGAGAAAGGAGCAACGACCGGGACACAGAAAGUUUUAGACCGAACACCGCUAUCGUUGGCCGCAAAGAACAAAUAUAGGGUUAUUUCCAAGCUGCUUAACGCACUGACAUCACAUGAGUAG